UCUCCAUUCUCCUCUCUCCAAACGCAUCAACACUCUUUCUCUCUCUAAGAACAACAGCAACAAGAAAAAAAAAACACGCUUUCUCUCUCUAGAAACAAUGGCGUCAGUAACCAAUGGCAAGUCGUCCUCUUCUUUGAUCGUGAGCUUCGGCGAGAUGCUAAUCGACUUCGUCCCCACCGUCUCUGGCGUUUCUCUCGCUGAGGCCCCCGGGUUUUUGAAAGCACCCGGAGGUGCUCCGGCAAACAUGGCGAUCGCGGUGGCGAGACUGGGCGGAAACGCAGCUUUCGUCGGAAAGUUGGGUGACGACGAGUUUGGGCACAUGCUGGCCGGGAUCUUGAAAGAAAACGGGGUUGGCAGUGACGGUAUUAAUUUUGACAAAGGUGCCAGGACCGCUUUGGCUUUUGUUACUCUACGCGCUGAUGGAGAGCGUGAGUUUAUGUUCUACAGAAAUCCCAGUGCUGAUAUGUUGUUGACUCCUGAAGAGCUUAAUCUUGAAGUUAUUAGAUCUGCAAAAAUAUUCCACUAUGGAUCAAUAAGCUUGAUAGUGGAGCCAUGCAGAUCUGCACAUCUAAAGGCAAUGGAAGAGGCAAAGAAUGCAGGUGCUCUGCUAUCCUACGAUCCAAAUCUGAGGCUGCCAUUAUGGCCAUCCGCUGAGUACGCUCGUGAGCAAAUCAUGAGCAUUUGGGACAAGGCCGAUAUCAUCAAAGUUAGUGAUGUGGAGCUUGAAUUCCUCACUGGAAGUGACAAAAUCGAUGAUGAAUCUGCAUUGUCACUGUGGCAUCCUAACCUGAAGCUGCUUCUUGUCACCCUUGGUGAAAACGGUUGCAGAUAUUACACCAAGAAUUUCCAUGGAUCAGUGGAUGCUUUCCAUGUCAAGACUGUGGAUACGACAGGUGCUGGUGAUUCAUUUGUAGGAGCUCUACUAUGCAAGAUUGUGGAUGAUCUAUCUGUGCUCGAGGAGGAGCCAAGGUUGAGAGAAGUACUUAGAUUUGCAAAUGCAUGCGGAGCCAUUACAACCACCAAGAAAGGAGCUAUUCCUGCCCUUCCCACUGAGGCCGAUGUUCUCAGCUUGAUGAAGGCAUCUUCAUAAAUUUGCAAUCAGUUCUCAUUUGCCACCACCACCCCCUUUUUUCGUUUUGCUUCAAGUUUUUAUCUUCAACUUUAGUCCUCGUUAGGAAUUGCUUACAGUUCAAUUGGGAGAGAUUUUCAAUCUCAAUUUUUCUCCUAAAAAUGUGAUGUCGUUAAUGACUUCUUCUGCUUUAUGGCCUAUUCAAUAAAAAACAAUUUUGAUGUUUGUGUAAA